AUGGCACCGAGGGAUUUGACCUCGAAAAUCCAUGACUCGCCGGCACGUCGACCUCCACGGAGAAAACAAGGCGCUGGCGUUUUGCUUUGCCGACGCCUCCGCCAGCAUCCGGGACAUUUGGCGGUCCACAUCGCCAAUCCAUCACUCUUGCCCAACACCGUAUCGUACUUGACAUCUGCGGCCGCCAUCCAACCAAACACACCGGCCAUAGCGCCGCACGACACCUCGGCCGACACCUCUGGCGCUCCUGCACUCGACAUGCGCCAGACAGCUACUUCUGUCGCCGACUCGCAGCCUCUGGCCCGCGUCACCAGCACCGGCACCUGGGGCGAGCCGGAGCGAGGCGAGCACGUCAACGUCGACCAGGCCCUCCAAGACUUCCAGCUCGCCAGGCAAUCUUCACGCCAAUCCGCUACUGCUGCCACCCCACAGUCACCCUCGAGCGGUCUCCGCGGUAGCUCGGCCAUCGCACGCGCACUCAGUGGCGGUGAUCGCUCCAAGCAGCCAGAAAAGAUCAACGAAAACGAAAUCGACCUCGAGGCUGCUUCCGAUGGACACGCGUAUCAGAACGAUUUUGACCUUGGCAAAUGGAUGUUGACACGUAGCGCGCAGGCCAAGGAGGAGGGCAUCGAUAACGGAAAGCCCGUCGGCGUUCUCUGGAAGGACCUCUCCAUCACCGCUCCAGGCUCAGGCGGCGGCGGCGUCUUUGUAAAGACUCUGCCCGUUGCUAUCGCCAAUACUGCCUGGAGAGAUCCCAUCGGUGUCCUCACCACCAUUUGCCCUCCUCUUGCAAAGGUCUUUGCGCCUCGCAGCAUACCCACCACCAACUUGCUCCACAGCACCAGCGGCAUUCUCAAGCCAGGCGAGAUGCUGCUCGUGCUAGGCCGUCCAGGUUCAGGUUGCUCCACCGUCCUGCGCGCCAUCACCUCCAAGAACCACUCCAACGUCAGCACCUCGGGCAAAAUCCUUUACGGCGGCUUCUCGCCAGAAGAGAUCAAUCGCAAGUACCGAGGUGAGGUCGUCUUUGUCGACGAGGAAGACACCCACUUCCCCACGCUCACCGUCGGUCAGACCCUCGAAUUCGCCCUCAAAAACAAGGUCCCGCACCGCUCAAGGCGGCUACAGGGCGAAUCCCGCCAGCAAUUCAUCGAGACUUGCAUCGAGGUCAUGCUCAAGAUGUUCGGCAUGUCCCACGUCCGCGACACGAUCGUCGGUGACCAGGCCAUUCGAGGUGUUUCCGGAGGCGAGCGCAAGCGAACCACAAUCUCCGAGGCGCUUGCCACUCGCGCAAGCGUCAUCGCCUGGGACAACUCCACCCGAGGCCUCGACGCAUCCACCGCACUCGACUACGCUCGUUCCUUGCGCAUCAUCACCGACCUCGCCCAGCGUUCCACCAUCGCAACCCUCUACCAAGUGUCCGAGAGCAUCUACGACCUCUUCGACCGCGUCGCCGUCAUCGACCAAGGCAGAUGCAUCUACUAUGGUCCUCGUAAGCUCGCACGCUCCUACUUCUACGAGCUCGGCUACGACACACCUGAUCGACAGACCACCGCCGACUUUGUCACUGCGCUCACCGACACCAACCAGGUCUCCUUCCGACCGGGCAUGGAGCAGCGUGCACCCAAGACGGCAGAGGACCGAGAGCGGGUUUGGAGGCAAAGCGAGCUCUAUCGCCAGAUCGAGACCGAGAUGGCGUCUUACGAGGACCACCUCGCCCACGCCGAGCAGGCCGAGCAACUCAAGCAGACAGUGCGCUCCGAAAAGCGCAAGGGUGUCAACAAAGGCUCUAGCUACACGGUCAGCUUUUGGGAUCAGAUCGUCAGCUGCAUCUGGCGCCAGCUCCUCGUCAAGUGGGGUGCACGCGGCGACCUUUAUGUCAAGCUGUUCACCAUCAUCUCGGUCUCCUUCAUGAUCUCUUCGCUUUUCUACAACCAGUCCUACGAUUCGCAAGGCGUCUUCACACGCGGUGGUAUCCUCCUCUUCGCCUGUCUCUUCAACGGUUGGCUCCAGCUCUCCGAGUCCUUCGAGGCCGUGGCCGGUCGACCUAUGCUCAGCAGACAUCGCCAAUUCGCCUUCUACCGCCCCUCCGCAGUGGUUCUGGCACGUGCCCUCGUCGACAUCCCCUUCUUGCUCAUCCAGUGCUUCCUCUCCUCCAUCAUCAUCUACUUCCUCGCGAACCUGAGGAGGGACGCUGGCGCCUUCUGGAUCUUCUACGUCUACUGCUUCCUCUCGUCGUACAGCUUGACCGCGCUCUACCGCAUGUGUGCUGCCUUUUCCCCCGGCUUCAACGAGGCCAUCCGAUUUUCGGUACUCGCACUCAACGUCCUCAUCAUCUGGGUCGGCUACGUCCUUCGCAGGCCUCAGAUGAACUGGCUCGUCUGGCUCAACUACGCUCAGCCCAUCAGCUAUGCCUUCGAGGGCUUCCUCGCCAACGAGCUCAACUACGACAUCGAGUGCAACCCGGCGCAGAUCGUCCCUUUCGGUCAGGUGCGCGAUACGGCCUAUCAGACCUGCUCGCUCACCGGUGGUGUUCCUGGUUCGAUCGUCGUUCCGAGCGCAGACUACCUCUCGACCACUUUCGGCUACUCGAGGUCGCACAUCGGCCGCAACAUCGGUGUGGUGAUCGCGUUCGCCGUGCUCUACCUGAUUCCGACCAUCAUCGGUGCCGAGAUCAUGAACUUUGGCAGCGCUGGCGGUGGUGUUACCGUCUUUGCGCGCACAAAGGCCGCCAAGGCAAAGCUUGCCGCGUCCAAGCCCGCCAAGACCGAUGACGUCGAGGAGAAGGCCGCCGUUUCGGCAGACCACCCGUCUCAUGCAACCGACUCGAACGGCAGCAUCACACGGGCCAACUCGCCUGCUGCUCCUGGAGACAAGGAAGCCAGUGCUAAAUCGGCCGAGGAGCUCGACAAGAAAGCGAUCUUCACCUGGAAGGACGUCUCGCUUCAGCUGCCCACUGGCCGCAAGCUUCUGGACGACAUUACGGGUCACGUCAAGCCCGGCACCAUCACCGCUCUGAUGGGAGCAUCGGGUGCCGGUAAGACGACGCUCUUGACUGCCCUCUCGCAACGCGGUGUCGCAGGCGCUCUUUCCGGUGACAUCCUCGUUGAUGGCAAGCCGCUCGGACCCGGAUUCCAGAGGGGCACAGGCUUCGUGCUGCAGGGAGAUAUCCACCUCGCUUCCCAGACGGUCCGCGAGGCCAUCGAAUUUUCGGCUCUUCUGCGCCAGCCUGCUGAGAUUUCGCGCGAGGUCAAGCUGGCAGACGCCCAACGUGCGAUCGAGCUCCUCGAGCUCGAGGAUCUGCAGGAUGCGCUGAUUGGAGUGCCUGGCUUCGGCCUGGGGGUGGAGCGCAGGAAGCGCGUGACGAUCGCCGUCGAGCUGGCUGCCAAGCCCGACCUGCUUCUCUUCCUCGACGAGCCCACCUCUGGUCUGGACUCGGCAGGUGCUGCAUCCAUCAUUCGCCUCAUUCGACGUCUUGCCAGCGAGGGCCAGGCGAUCCUUUGCACCAUUCACCAGCCGAGCGCGCUUCUUUUCGAGUCUUUCGACAACCUCCUGCUCCUCCAGCCCGGAGGAAGGACGGCCUACUUUGGUCAGAUUGGCAGCGAGCGAGCGCAGGGAUCCGACAAGGUUCGAGAGUACUUUGAACGCAACGGUGCUCCUGCUUGCCCUCCUACUACCAAUGUGGCCGAAUACAUGCUCGAGGUCGUUGCUCAAAAGUCCGAGAAGCCUUGGUCAGAACGUUGGAAGGCAUCGCCCGAAGCUCGCGCCCUUCGCGCCGAGGUCGAGGCAAUCAACUCGGAACGCGCCUCGCGCCCUGUCGUAGAAGACUCGCGAUCGACGCGCGAGUACUCUGCGACGCUCAAGACGCAGAUCGUGGAAUGCACCAAGCGUCAAUUCCGUGAUCUGUGGAGGGACUCGGCAUUCGCGUACGGCGUGCUCUUCUCCAACAUUGUCACUGGAUUCGCGGCGGGCGGUGGAUUCGCACACCUCGGCAACUCGGUGACCGACCUGCAGUACCGCGUCUUCGUCGUCUUCCUUGUGAUUCUCAACUUCCCUGCCACGGUCAACUCGAUCAUCUCCAAGUUCUGGGAGAUGCGCAUCACUUUCGUUGUGCGCGAGGGCCCGUCGAAGACCUACUCGUGGAUUGCAUUUAUGACGGCGUUUGUGGCCGUCUCGCUUCCCAUCGCGCUGGUCGCCUCGGUGCUCUUCUUCCUUCCCUCUUUCUUCCUGCCGUUCUACUCGCAAGCUUCGACGGUCGCAGGCAUGUGGUACCUGAUGAUCUUCCUGGUCACUUGCUACGAGAUGUUCUUCUCGCUGGCGCUGGCAGCGGCCUGCCCGACACCAGUGACGGCUGCCAAUCUGCUGCCCUUCCUGCUGCCCUUUGUCGCCAUUGUCAAUGGCGUCAUCAAGCCCAAGGCGACGCUUCCAGCGCCGUGGUCGGGUCUGAUCUACGCCAAUCCGCUGUACUGGUACGUUCGCUCGAUGGUGGGCAACAUUCUGCACGACCUGCCGGUGCGAUGCCGCGAAGAAGAUCUGGCCAUCUUCAACCCACCUCCCGGCCAGACUUGUGGCCAGUACGCACUCGACUGGGUGCAGUCGGUGGGAGGACAGCUUCUCAAUGCGGAUGCCACCAGCAAGUGCUCCUUCUGCCAGUACCAGGUGGGUGACCAGUUUGCCGCCACGCUCGGAGCCACCUGGGACUUCCGUUGGAAGGGUGUGGGCAUCGUAGCGGGCUACACCAUCGGCCAGCUCUUCCUUGCCUACCUUGCUUACUGGUACUUUACCGAGAAGGGUUACGGCCUAGGUGGCGGCCUCGUCUCAGGUCUUGUCGGCAAGGUCAAGCGCUUCGGCAAGGGCCGCCAGUAA